AUGCACUCUGUAAAAGAAAAGGUAAGCAACGCUGCCGCCUCCGGCAAGGAGCAUAUCGAUAUCACGAAAGCCAAAGCUCAAGAGAAGGUGGAGAAAGCUACAGCGAGGACUAAGGAAGAGAAGACAAUAGCUCGUGAGAAGAGGAAAGCCAAAGAAGCUGAAGCUAAGAUGAAUCUGCAUGAAGCCAAGGCAGAGCACGCGGAUGAGAAAUUGCACGGACAUCAUCUCCACCACCACCACGAGCCAGUGAUUGGAACCCAUGGGCAUCAACAUCAUCAACCGGUGGGAACGGCGGUUCCAACAACAGGUGUACCAGCUCCUACCUAUCCCCCAGGUGGCCAGUUUCCUUCCGGACCGACUCAUCAUAAACAUGUUUAA